CCACACCCAGCUCACUCAACUAAAACCCUGGCCUUAGUUAUUACUUAUUAGUUAACCCUUAACAAUGCCGUCUUCCUCAGAAACCUUGCUCCUCUCCACCAUUCUCCUCUUGCUAACUCCUCCCAUCCACACCGCCUCUUCCAUCAUCAACAAGACAUGCCGUGACACAUGCGGCACAAUCCCGGUCAAGUUCCCAUUCGGCACCGGAUUCGGCUGCGGCCACCCGGACUUCACCAGGUACAUCAAAUGCACCAACCUCGACACUCUUCUAUUCACCACCGGAACCGGCAUCUACACCAUUUCCUCCAUAGACUACACCAGCAACACUAUCAUAGUCGCAGACCCUUUAAUGUCAACAUGCUCCUCCAUGCAAAACUCCGGUAGCUUCAGCUUGGACAAGGCCAGUCCUUUUACCAUAAGAGAGGAGAACAUCUUUGUGCUUCUCGGCUGCUCCACCACCUCUCCUGUUUUCGAUUCUAGUCAAGAUUUAUGUGACACUGGCUCGGGUUCUCGGGUUUGUAGAGGGUUGUACUCCUGCAAAGGGGUGUCUGGCAUAGGGUUGCAACAGAAUGCGCCGAUAUCUACUUGUUGUGUUUAUGAUGACGAUUCUGGUUAUGGUUUGGAUCUUCCCAAGCUGCAAUGCUCGUCUUACACAUCGGUUUAUGAGUUUGGAGACGAAGGGGAUCCGAUGAAAUGGAAAUUUGGGAUUUCAUUGCAGUAUAAUGAUUCUUAUUAUACUAAGCCAUGCAAGGAUUGUGAGGCGAGUGGAGGGCUGUGUGGCUUUGGUGGUUUGGAUCAGUCUUUUGCUUGUAUUUGCCGGAGUGGGAUGAACACCACCACAAAUUGCUUUGGUCAAGGGUAUGCUUGGAGUGGGUCAUUGGAGCUCAAAGUUCAAAUUAAAACCAUUAUUGGAGGAAUUUUGCUCUCAUGGGUCUUGCUGUUUGUAAAGAGAAGAUAGGCAGCAAUUGCAAAAGAAAUUCAGGUAU